GCGACAUCUGGCGAAACCACGUCCAUAAUAAACUCAAAACCUCGUCCGCCGAGCCUGCUUGUCUGAAACUAACCUAUAAUAUAGUAUUGCACGUGUCGGCCCAUUGUUUGUGCAUUUUAAAAUAAAAUUUACAAACAAUAGUAACAUUUUGUUCGCGGCGUUAACCCAAAUACUGGGUUAAGCAAGCACAGUGAGUUAUAUAUCAAGAAAUAACGAAAAAUCCUAAAAUGACGGAGGUUUUACAACCCGGCGCAGAAGUGUUUUCGGAGAAGAAAAAGAAGAAAGCCAAGGAUGGAGUAUCAUUGGGCACGUUUCAAAAGCUGGGAGACUUUAAAAUCGAACCGACAGAGAGUGUAACUAAGUUAGAUACAGCAUAUUGGCCAUUGUUAUUGAAGAACUUCGACCGUCUCAAUGUGCGCACCAACCAUUACACGCCGCUGCCAUUCGGCCACUCGCCUCUGAAACGCCCGAUUGCGGAAUAUGUGAAGGCUGGCUUCAUUAAUGUGGACAAACCGAGCAACCCAAGCUCCCACGAAGUCGUCUCAUGGAUUAAACGCAUUUUAAAAGUAGAAAAGACGGGUCACUCCGGCACGCUAGAUCCCAAAGUGACAGGUUGUUUGAUCGUGUGCAUUGACCGCGCUACGAGGCUCGUGAAGUCACAACAGAACGCCGGUAAGGAGUAUGUGGCUGUCUUCAGUUUGCAUUCGGCUGUUGAGAAUGUGCAAAAAGUCACACAAGGUUUGGAGAAGCUGCGGGGCGCUUUGUUCCAGCGACCGCCUCUUAUCUCUGCUGUCAAGCGUCAGCUCCGUGUCCGGUCAGUAUACGACAGUAAAUUGCUUGAUUUUGACACUGAACGCAACAUUGGUGUGUUCUGGGUGAGUUGCGAGGCUGGCUCCUACAUCCGUACCAUGUGUGUGCACUUGGGACUCAUGUUGGGAGUUGGUGGACAGAUGAUUGAGCUCCGAAGAGUCCGCUCUGGUAUCCAAGGAGAACAGGAAGGCAUGGUGACUAUGCAUGAUAUCUUAGACGCUCAAUGGGCAUAUGAAAACCACAAAGACGAAUCAUACCUACGUAGAGUAAUUAAACCAUUAGAAGGUUUAUUAGUAGCUCACAAAAGAAUAUUCAUCAAAGACAGUGCGGUCAACGCAGUCUGUUACGGAGCUAAGGUACUACUCCCUGGUAUUCUAAGGUACGAAGAUGGUAUUGAAAUUGAUCAAGAAAUAGUUAUAGUAACAACAAAAGGUGAAGCUGUGGCAUUGGCUAUCGCUAUGAUGACCACAUCAACAAUGGCAUCCUGUGACCAUGGUGUAGCAGCUAAGCUGAAGAGGGUAAUCAUGGAGCGAGACACAUACCCAAGGAAAUGGGGCUUAGGACCGAAGGCUUCACACAAAAAACAGCUGAUUUCGCAAGGAAAACUCGAUAAAUUUGGCAAGCCUAACGAGAAUACGCCAGCGGAAUGGUUAAAUAGUUACGUAGAUUAUAAGGUGAAGAAUGAGAAUGGUGCUGUUGAAACUGAGGAGGUUGGUAGGAAGAGGACAGCUAGCACUGCCAAUGUUGAUGAUCCGAACAACUCCGUAGAAAUGAAAUCAGAGAAAAAGAAGAAGAAGAAGAAGAGGGACAGUGAGGCUGCUGAUGUAACAAUGGAAGAUGGUGCCGGCGACGCCACCGUAGAGGCCGAAACAACGACAGAGGUCGACACAUCGUUACGCAAAGAAAAGAAAAAAAAGAAAAAGAAGGACCGAGACCAAGAGAAGGCAGAUGAAUAAUUAAAACUGUACUAUAAUUAUUAUAGAAUUUAAGUUGAGAAUAUUAAAUAAGCUGAAAUAGAUAGAAAUAAGCAAUAUUCAGUUCGAGUGAUAAAUCGAUUCGAUAACAAUGUACUUUGCGUGGUUUCGCGCCUUUUUAGUUUGACAGAUGUGUGACAGAACGUUAUUUUUGCGUGUCGAAACUCCAUCGUAGUUUACUGUA